UCUUGUGUGUCCGGAGUCUGCGUGCAGUCUUUGGUACAGCGGAGUUGUCCGUCUUUUUCUAACAUUUCUACCGUACAGGAAUACAAAAGUGAUGCUUCGCUGUGACCGGCCGCAUACAGAGGCAGAGGAGUACCAGCGGUGACAACUUUAUAUACCAUUUAACUCACUUCCCCGGAGUAUAUUUCUCUUUUUUUUCCUUUCGCCUUUGAAGAAGAAGAAGACGUUGUGUUUUACGUCCUCCAAUAAUGUCGGACCGCUUUUAAAAACACAAACUUUUCUGUCUCAAUGCGGGAGAGGAAACCUGUCGGAGUGUUUUUUGCUACUUUUGUACCAGUAAGGAUUUUGAGCUGUCGUGUUUCAAUACAGGAAUGACUGAUUUUUCGCCGUAGCUCCAUGUAAAUCUUUUUGUCGUCCAGCUCUUCGCUCAGCGGACUCUGCCGCUGCUACUGGAUAUACGAGGACUUUUGCGCAGUAAUUUGGUGUAAAUGGAUCGCCAGUGCAGUUUCAUUUCCAUUUGGCUACAACUGGAACUCUGUGCCAUGGCUGUUCUUCUUACUAAAGGAGAAAUAAGGUGUUAUUGUGACGCGCCGCACUGCGUGGCCACCGGAUACAUGUGCAAGUCAGAACUGAACGCCUGCUUCACCAAGGUCCUGGACCCGCUCAAUGUAAACUCUCCCCUCACCCAUGGGUGUUUAGACCCCAUCGUCAACGCAGCGGACACAUGCAGCUCCAGGGCUGCGGACGUUCUGAGCGGGGCCUCGGUGCUGGAGUGUUGCCACGACGACAUGUGCAACUACAGAGGCCUACACGACCUGGCGCACACCAGGGACUCGACAGAUCAUAGCCGGUACCAGCCGGACAGCAACAACAGGAACCUGGUGACCCGGGUUCAGGAGCUGGCCUCGGCCAAAGAGGUGUGGUUCCGGGCGGCGGUAAUCGCCGUCCCCAUCGCCGGCGGCCUCAUCCUGGUGCUGCUCAUCAUGCUGGCGUUGCGAAUGCUGCGCAGCGAGAAUAAGCGGCUGCAGGAUCAGCGGCAACAGAUGCUGUCGCGGCUCCACUACAGCUUCCACGGCCACCACACCAAGAAGGGCCACGUGGCAAAGCUGGACCUGGAGUGCAUGGUGCCCGUCACGGGCCACGAGAACUGCUGCCUGACCUGCGACAAGAUGAGGCAGGCCGACCUAGGCAACGACAAGAUCCUGUCUCUGGUACACUGGGGGAUGUACAGCGGACACGGAAAGCUGGAGUUUGUAUGAUUCCUGUUUGGGAACUAUGAGACUCAAACGUUGGCUUUUGCUUUUUUUCUCUAAAAAGACAUUCCCAUAUUUUUCGUCCAUUGGACUGUCGGGUUUGUGUUUUCAGUUCUUUUUUUAACCAGUGGCGAAAAAAUACGAGACUGAUCUCAUGCCGUGUGGUUUUUGCUAGAGGAGCACUUUACUUGAAAAUGAAAGGCAAAGCAACAAGGAACUGUAUUUAAAAACUUGAGAGGGCAGAACUGAGGUGGAGUGAGAGCUCUGUCACUGCUCCUGAGGAUCCUGGACUUUUACACUGAGCGCUGAAGGAUUCCAAAUCUGUCUUAUUUGCACAUUUGUAAAAAAACAAAAACAAAAAAAACGGAAAAAAAAAACAAGAAAGUUGUCGUUGCUUAACACCAGGGUACAAAAAGAUAACUUGUUUUGAGGAGUAAAGAAAUUCAGUGUUUGACUGUAGGUGCGCACACUCCUGUGUACGUUUUCAUGAUUCAAGCUUAUUGUAAAGAUUUUAAAUAUAUAUAUAUAUAUAUAUUUUUGUCUGAUAAAACUGACCGGUGUGUGUCUUGUUCUGGGUGAAUGUCCAACAUCUCUCUCUGUGAUCAGACUAUAAGCUUGAUUGUGAGUGUGAAAGAAAAACUUCCAUUAAAAUGACUUUUUAUUUA